CCGUCUUCAUUAGCACGGCCCAUUCGGAGUAAUUGUCUCCGUUUAACUUGCUGCCUCAGACGUGGAGAGGUUUUGGUUUAAAAGGUCGGGAAAGGUUUAGGGACGAUGAUGAAACUUUUCUGAGUCCUGCUCUGGCACCAUGUUAAAUGGUGCAGAAAACAUAAUUGAAAGGGAAGAAGAAAAGAGAACGGUUGUUUUGAAUAGGAUGAUUAUUUCAUUGUAUAAAGCACCCUUUAAAUAGGGAUUACAAACAAGUAAAUAUGGUAGAGCUUGUGCUCCAAGUAAUCUUGAGCACCAAGUAUUCUUGAGCUUCAAAGUUCUAGAUGCUCCUAUCAUUUGGAGCAUCUAAUGAGAGAAAAUCAUUUGAAGUGGUUAUCAGUGAUAAGAUCAGCAGGAAAAUGGUGUCGGCCUCACUCGAAUGGUCUGAUGGGGCCCACAGAGUUCGAAGUCCAAUCGUUGUUGACAGUGUCUGAACUGAAGGCUUUGCUAUUGUGAGAAAACUGUGUUUUAAAUACUGAAAUGUAGUGAUUGAUACAUAUCCGCUGUUCUUACAUGGCAAUCAAUAUGAUUUAUUUCUAGGUGAUCCGUCCAAAUAGUUUAUAACUUUCUCCUUCACGUCCUAUUAUUAAGUGCAUAUAAUGUGAACUAGUGAAAUGAAACACGAGUAAAGGAAAUACCUUCUGUAAUUAUCAACCCACCAGAGUAGCAGAUAGUUGAUUCAAUGAUUCACCCCCAAUAUGGAAGUUAAUUUAAUGGGGUAGUAAUUAGUGACUUAAAAAUAAAAGUAUCGGUUAACAUUGGAGUGAGCUUGAGUAAAUCUUGUCUCACAAUCAUGAAAAUUUUCUUCUCUCUUCGAACUUCCUGCAUUUUACUUGUUCUUGUUCUGAUUUUGAGCAACGCCCUUCAAUCUUUCAUAGCAGAGGAUGAUAGACAGGUAUACAUUGUGUACAUGGGAAAUCUUGUUGAAAGAGAUCAUUCUCUUUCAUCUCACCAUUUUAACAUGCUUCAACAAGUUGUUGAAAGCAGGUUUUUGGGACAGUCCUUGGUUAGAAGUUACACAAGAAGUUUCAACGGGUUUGUAGCCUAUCUCACGGCUCAAGAGCACGAAAAGUUGGCAAGUCAUGAAGGAGUAGUAUCAAUAUUUCCAAGUUUAAGUUUUUACCCCGAAACUACAAGAUCUUGGGAUUUCAUGGGAUUUCAUGAAAAUGUUGACCGGAAUCCCACAGUUGAGAGUGACACGAUUAUUGGUGUCAUUGACACUGGAAUUUGGCCGGAGUCAGAGAGUUUCAGUGACAAAGGCUUCAGCCAUCCACCCAAGAAAUGGAAAGGUGCUUGCAGUGGUGGAAAGAACUUCACCUGCAACAACAAAGUGAUAGGGGCUCGUCACUACACCUCGCUGCCUCUACCCGAUGAUUCUGCCAGAGAUGUACAGGGCCAUGGCACUCACACCGCUUCAACAGUAGCAGGAAACUCUGUAACACAUGCUAGUCUCUAUGGAAUUACCAAAGGAACAGCCCGAGGAGGGGUUCCCUCGUCACGAAUUGCAGUAUACAAAGUUUGUAAUCCAAGUGGUUGCCAAUCAGCAGAUAUACUAGCUGCAUUCGAUGAUGCCAUAGCGGAUGGAGUUGAUAUCAUCUCAAUCUCAAUCGGGGCCCCUACAGCAUCUCGACCGAUGCAUGAUCCAAUCUCAGUUGGCGCUCUUCAUGCAUCGCUUAAGGGAAUUUUAGUGGUGCAAGCUGCAGGGAACACAGGGUUAAAGAAAUCAACCUCCAGCAUCGUCCCGUGGAUUUUCUCAGUUGCUGCAAGCAGUACUGAUAGGGGGAUCAUCACCAAAGUUGCUCUUGAAAAUGGGAGUAUAUUGACAGGAAAGGGAGUGAAUACCUUCAGCUCGAAGCAGAAUACCUACCCCUUAGUAUCCGGUGAAGACGUCACAGAAAACUGUGACAAAGAAGUGGCAAAGCACUGUUUUCCGGGGUGUUUAGAGCCAUCUUUAGUGAAGGGAAAAAUCGUCCCCUGCUACUCCAUCAUUGGCAUAGCAGAAGCCUUCAUUGCACGAGCUAUUGGCACCGUUGCCUUGUCGGAUAUUUUUGGUGAUGUUUCAAUCGUUUUUCCCAUUCCAGCCUCCAGUUUGCAGGAGCAUGACUUCCGCAUCAUCCAGAGCUACCUCAACACCACAGAAUCCCCCAAAGUGGAAAUAAUGACCAGUGAAUCAGUGAAAAAUCUUGAUGCCCCUCUAGUUGCUAGCUUUUCCUCAAGAGGUCCGAAUAUCAUCAUCCCAGAUAUUUUAAAGCCAGAUGUAACAGCACCUGGAAUCGAAAUCCUGGCAGCUUUUUCACCUCUGGCAUCGCCAUCGGAUGUCUAUGGAGACGAUAGAUCUGUUAAAUACAACAUACUUUCUGGAACAUCCAUGUCUUGUCCACACGUUGCUGGAGUAGCUGCUUAUCUAAAAUCAUUGCAUCCUAGCUGGUCCCCUUCAGCAAUCAAAUCAGCUCUUAUGACAACUGCUUGGAGAAUGGAUGCCACUAAAGAUCCACUAGCACUAGCAGAAUUCUCUUAUGGCACUGGGCAUAUUGAUCCGGUGAGAGCUGCAGAUGCUGGCCUCGUUUAUGAGACAGUUGCAGAGGAUUAUGUUAAGAUGCUGGGCAGUGUGGGUUACAAACCUGCAAAACUGGGAAAGAUAUUUGGAGUGAAGCGCAGCUGCCUUACUCGAGGGCGAAUCACACCAAAGGACCUUAACUACCCUUCCAUGACUGCCUGCAUUAAGGCUAAUGGUAACAAAGUUGUGACUUUUUCUGAGAAAUUUACUAGAGUAGUUACAAAUGUUGGACUAGGGAACUCAACAUACAAGGUCACAACGACUAAAAGCUCAGACUACAUCGUUUCGGUGGAGCCUAGCACCCUUGCAUUUGGAGCUAUGAACGAGAAGAAGUCAUUUGAAGUGGUCAUUAGUGGGAAGACUAAUGCGAAAAUGGUGUCGGCUUCUUUGGAAUGGUCUGAUGGAAUUCAUAGAGUCCGGAGUCCAGUUGUUCUAUACAGGGACGAUUUGUAGCUAGACAUGUUUAUAGGUUUAGGUUAUUCAUUAUGAAAACUAAAGAUAACCCAAUUUAGUUGAAUUGAUACCACGGAUCUACUUUGCUAAAUUAUAGCGUACACAAAUUUAUUU